CUCCCUCUUAUAGACCGGCACUAUGAAAGCUAUCUUACAACGUGUCUUGUCGGCCUCGGUCACCGUCGACAAAGAGGUGGUGUCAUCCAUUGGGAAAGGCCUUCUCGUCUUCGCUGCCGUUGCGCCAGGAGACACCGAGAAGGAGGCUGAAUCCCUAGCAUCCAAGGUGCUCAAGAUGAAGCUAUGGGACGAUGAGGCAGGGGCCCGUUGGAAGAAGAACGUCCAAGACAUCAACGGAGAGGUUCUCUGCGUCUCCCAGUUCACACUACUAGCAAAGACUUCCAAGGGCAAUAAGCCCGACUUCCACGGCGCCAUGGGGGGAGAGGAAGCAAACGGGCUUUACCAUCACUUCUUUGAGAAGGUCCAAGAGGGUUAUAUGACAGACCGUGUGAAGAACGGCAAGUUCCAGGCCAUGAUGGAGGUGGCCUUGGUCAAUGAUGGGCCGGUCACCCUGGAGCUUGUGGCAGGGCCCAAAGAGGGCCCCAAUACAAAACCCAACCGCACAUAGCAGC